AUGUAUCGGGCUGCUUCGUUGAUGAGGAAACAGAAUGUUCAAGCUGCACUUGCAGAAAUCAAUAGAAUUUUUGGUUUUAAACUCGCAUUAGAAUGCUUGGAGCUCCGGGCUAGGGGCAAAGAUUACAUGUAUAUUUCGAACUCGGAUGAUGAAGCUUAUUCUGCUGGACGGUAUAGGGGUGUUAACUAUUCGAUAUUGGGAUCCUCGGAUGUAGUUACCGAAGUUAUGAGUUCAACACAUCCAAAACAAGGCCCGAGCCCAACGAGUAGAUACAAUUGCUCUUGGCUCUCCAUCAAACAUGCAAUUGAACACAAAGAUGAAGAGAAGAGCAAUGAGGCCAAG